GGGUUCCGGUAGGUUUAGGAUUACCUUACAUGUGAAAGGACACUUUUUUGUUCCAAAAAAAAAAAAGAAAAAAAAAAGAUAGGAGAAGUAAAAAUAUACAGUUAGGCAUUACAUUAACGUCAUGCCGAGCAUAAUGACAGAAUCUGUUCAUUAAAUGGUUGAAUGGUUAUCUCAUUGUUCCAUGGGAUAAGUGCACGCUAUAUGGUUUCGUGUUUUUUUUUAACGUUUUCAAGUGGAUUGGGCAAAGCGUGCCACAAUUUAAUAUGGAAUGAGUAUGUUUAUUGGAUCAACAAUGUCUCGAUUUCUGUUAUCUAUGAUAUGACUUUUUAUUUUUUAGUGCGACUCCUUUUUCCCUAUUUUUCAUGCAUAUUGUUUAUCAUAAUCCCAGCUUUGCGUAUUACGGUAAGCCUACAAACGGAAUGAACUGGUCGGAAAAAAAGUGAAAGACCAGCUAGGUAGUUGAAGAUGAAGUCAUUGACACUGCAUAUUGAAACAGAUGAUGAUGGUGAUGAAUGAUA